ACAGAAAGAAUAAGCAUGCAAAAGAGAGAAGUUCAGGCAAAAGCUGAAUUCGAGAGAGAAGUACCAACAGAACUUGGAGCAAGCAGUAGGAGAUCUGCAACUGCAAAUCCCCUUCGAUCUCUUCAAUCGAUUCCUCAAGCAGUAGGAGCUUGGGUUUGCGAUGAACCCAGCUCAUGGGUUCACGAUGGCGAACCCAGGCUCGUGGGUUCACGAUGGCGAACCCAGGCUCGUGGGUUCACGAUGGCGAACCCAGGCUCGUGGGUUCACGAUGGCAAACCCAGGCUCGUGGGUUCGUCGUGAACCCAGCUCGUGGGUUCACGAUGGCGAAACCCAGGCUCGUGGGUUCACGAUGGCAAACCCAGGCUCGUGGGUCCGUCGUGAACCCAGCUCGUGGGUUCACGAUGGCGAAACCCAGGCUCGUGGGUUCGUCGUGAACCCAGCUUGUGGGUUCCUCGUGAACCCGCGAGCUGGGUUCCUCUCGAACCCGCGAGUUGGGUUCGUCGAGAACCUCUUAAGCUGGGUUCGUCGUGAACCUCUCAAGCUAGGUACCUCGCGAACCUCUCGAGCUACGUUCCUUGCGCCUCUUGGGUUUGCCUGGAGGACAACACUCGUUGUUAAGCCAAUUGACAUCAUGGCUGAAGAUCCAGUAGCAAAUCAAGCCAUUCGAACAUUGAAGGAAUAUGCUUCACCUUCAAUUGAAGGAACUGUUUCAAGCAUAAGGAGACUAGCUGUCAAAGUAAAUAAUUUUGAAAUUAAGCCAGCAACAAUUCAGAUGAUUCAACAAUCUGUGCAAUUUUGUGGGUUGCCAAGUGAUGAUCCUAAUGCUCAUAUUGCUAACUUUUUAGAGAUUUGUGACACUUUUAAAUAUAAUGGAGUUUCUGAUGAUGCUGUUAGACUAAGGCUUUUUUCAUUCUCUCUGCGAGACAAGGCAAAGAAUUGGUUAAAUUCUUUACCUGUUGGGUUAAUCACCACAUGGGACAUGAUGGCUCAAAAAUUUUUAAGUAAGUUUUUCCUUCCUGCUAAAACUGCUAAGAUGCGUAACGAUAUUGCCACUUUUGUGCAGCUGGAUAUGGAGUCAUUAUAUGAGGCAUGGGAGAGAUACAAAAAGCUACUCAGGAAGUGUCCACAUCAUGGUCUACCUAUAUGGUUACAGGUACACACUUUUUAUAAUGGUUUAUUUCCUAAUAAUCGUACCAUGCUUGAUGCUGCUGUUGGAGGAUCAUUAAUGAGUAAACAUGCUGAUGAGAGUUAUAACCUUAUAGAAGAGAUGGCUUCAAAUAGUUAUCAAUGGGGUUCGGAAAGAUCACACAUUAAGAAAAAUGCUAGAAUUUAUGGGGUUGAUGCCUUUACUGCUUUGACAGCACAAAUUGAGUUUCAAAGUCAAGAAGUAGCAACCAAGAGCUUGGAAGCUACAGUCCAGAACCAAGGUGCAUCAAUUCAGAAUUUAGAGGCUCAGGUAGGUCAAUUGGCAAGUGUAGUUUCUGGAAGAGCACAAGGAGUGUUACCAAGCAGUACUAAAAAAAAUCCUAAGGAACAAGUGAAAGCUGUAACAUUGAGAAGUGAGAAGCAAAUUGGAGAUGAAGAAAGUUCAGACAAUAAGGGUGAAAAAGUGAAAGCUCCAACGGAAGAGAAAAAAUCUGAAGUGCCAUCUAAAGAAUCUGAAGAAGUCAAGUCUUAUGUGCCUCCAAUUCCUUUUCCACAUAGGUUGAAGCAACAAAAGCUAGAUAAGCAAUUUGCUAAGUUUCUAGAUAUUUUUAAGAAAUUGCACAUUAACAUUCCUUUUGCAGAUGCUUUAGCUCAAAUGCCUAGCUAUGCUAAAUUCUUAAAGGAGAUCGUAUCUAACAAGAGGAAAUUGGAAGAGUAUGAGACUGUGAAACUCACUGAAGAAUGUUCUGCAAUUCUUCAGAAUAAGCUUCCCCCAAAGCUAAAGGAUCCAGGGAAAGAUUGUCCAGACCUGUUGGAGACAUGUGUUGUUCAUUCCAAAGACAUUACUGUUGGAAAUGAGGACAUUAGGGAGUAUGCAUUUCAUUUGGAAGCUUGCCCACCGUUCUUGAACUCAAAGGAGCCAAGUAUUCAAGAUUUUAGAGCUAAUAUGCCUCGGCUUAAACCAUCACUUGAAGAACCUCCAAAACUUGAACUCAAGCCUUUACCUGUUUAAUGGAGGAAAAGCUUCUUCGAGUUUUAAGGGAGCACAAAGGAGCAUUUGGGUGGACAAUAAUUGACAUAAAAGGAAUUAGUCCCU